CAGAGGACUAGGAGGCAGCAGUUGGAAGUUGGCAGGUGGAGAGGACUUACAGCCAAAAAUUUUCAAACUUCGAGAAGAGUACUUUCUUAGCCAUGGCCGAGCCACUCUUGGAACAUCAGCACCAGCCUCAAACUAGCAACUGUACAGGUGCUGCUGCCGUCCAUGAAGAGCGGAACCCUGAUCGCCCCCCAGGCGCGGAGGAGCGGGUGCCGGAGGACAGUAGGUGGCAAUCGACAGCGUCCCCCCAGUCGGGUGGCCGUCCAGGGCAGGAGGGGGAAGGGAGCCUGGGGCCCCAGCCGCCUCCUCUGCAGACCCAGGACUGUCCAGAACUUAGCUGCCCGGAAGCCGGCGAGAAGGGCCAGAAUGGGGACGACUUGUCCGCUGGCAGAGUACCCCCGCCAACGGCGGGAGGGGAACCGAGGCCCGAAGCCGAACCGCUCGCCAAGCCAUGUCAUGACGCCGAGGCCAACAAGUUGGGGGCGCCUGCUGCAGGAGGCGAGGAGUCAUGGGGACAGCAGCUGAGACAGCUGGGCAAGAAAAAACAUAGGAGACGCCCCUCCAAGAAGAAGCGGCAUUGGAAACCGUACUACAAGCUGACCUGGGAGGAGAAGAAAAAGUUCGACGAGAAACAGAGCCUGCGAGCUUCGAGGAUUCGAGCCGAGAUGUUCGCCAAGGGCCAGCCGGUCGCACCCUAUAACACCACGCAGUUCCUCAUGGAUGAUCACGACCAGGAGGAGCCAGAUCUCAAAACAGGCUUCUACCCCAAGAGGGCUGCCGCCAAAUCCGACGACACCAGCGAUGAGGACUUUAUGGAAGAAGCGGGCGAGGAGGAUGGGGGCAGCGAUGGGAUGGGAGGAGACGGCAGCGAGUUUCUGCAGCGGGACUUCUCGGAGACAUACGAGCGGUACCACGCGGAGAGCCUACAGAACAUGAGCAAGCAGGAGCUCAUCAAGGAGUACCUGGAGCUGGAGAAGUGCCUCUCGCGCAUGGAGGACGAGAAUAACCGGCUGCGGCUGGAAAGCAAGCGGCUGGGCAGCGACGACGCGCGUGUGCGGGAGCUGGAGCUGGAGCUGGAGCGGCUGCGCGCCGAAAACCUCCAGCUGCUUACGGAGAACGAACUGCACCGACAGCAGGAGCGAGCGCCGCUGUCCAAGUUUGGAGACUAGAUUGAAACUUUGGGGUGGGGGGGCGGGCAAAGGGGACUUUUUACAGUGAUGGAAUGUAACAUUAUAUACAUGUGUAUAUAAGACAGUGGACCUUUUUAUGACAUAAUCAGAAGAGAAAAUCCCCCCGGCUUUGGUUGGUUUGGUAAAUUUAGCUAUGAUGUAGCUUGCGUGCUUUCUCCUGUUCUCUAAUUAUGUGAAACUGAGGGUUGCUUUUCUUGUGUUUCUUUUUGGAAGUGUUUUUUUUUUUUUUUUUAUGUGCAAGUAAUUCGACCAAAUUAUAAUGCAUUUUUUUUUUUUUUUGUUAAAAAUCUCUUCCUUAAAGCUAUAAGGUGGCCAAAUCUGAGAACAAUUAAAUUCUAGAUAUAAUAAAUUUAAUACUUGUAAAUGUAA